AUGAACGAUCCACUACUUUCGCAAAUCCAAAAGAACGACGCUGAUGAUAGCGAUGCCAAUUCGAACCCCUCUGAUGAACAGCCCACCCAAGAACCAUUUCCAGGACGUCAGAUGGGACCUCAGACAGGCCCUAAAGGUGUUUUAGCGGAUCAUGCAUUCUAUCAGAAAGAGCAACGUGACGCUCAAGGGGAGGCACGAAGGGCAUAUAAUGCCAAAAUGCUAGCCAGAGCACCGACAACAACGACGUAUCUGGACGACGAGGCAGCCAGAGAACUUGUCCUGGAGCAUCCAGCUGAUAAAAAGAAAAAGAAGAAUGAGGAUGACGACGAUGAUGAUGAUGAUGAUGAUGAUGACUUGCUGGAUGAUGAAGAAGCAAUACGACUCUACAGAGAACAACGACUGGGAGAGUUGAAGCGAAUGAACAAUCAUCAGUCACGGAUGAUGCACCGUGUAUUUGGAAAAGUUGAGGACAUUGCAGCAGACGAUUAUGCAACAGUGAUUGAUAAAGAAUGGCGCACCGUUCCAGUGGUGGUGCAUCUGUAUGAUGAGUCUAUCCCAGCUUGCAGAAAACUGGACGAUUUCCUGGUGGAUCUGGCACAAAAGUACGCACUGGCCAAAUUCAUACGAGUGUCGGCAACAGACCUAGAAUUCGAUUUGGUGGGAUCACCUGCGAUAUUGGCUUACAAAGGUGGAAUGCUUGUAGCCAAUUUGGUACGCUUCGUCGACUAUGUCGGGCCUCGGUUCAGUGAUGAAGCGGUCGAGGCUGUCCUAGUAAAAUCAAGGGCAUUGGGUGAGGAUGAUCGUUAUCAGCGGCCAGUCAACGGCGAGAAUGAAUGA